AUUAGUAAAUUUUUGAUCACCACCGAGAGCGCAUAUUCUGUUUCUAACUGUGGGUACGAAAUUUGAUCAGAUUCAUAUAAAAAAGAUUUUAAUGGUACAGUUCUGGUAAUAAUGUCAACCAAAGUGUUUCUGUGUCAGUUACUUUUGUUAAUGUGGUAUCAAUUGAGCCAAUGAAUCAGUGUCCCGGCGUCACCAUGCAAAAAUCUAUUCUCAUACCGGGUUCAUCCUAGUAAUGAGCAGAUUAUUGGUUUCAUACAGCUAACUGGUUUAAACCCAAAUGAAAAUGUUCAUCUCGAGGUAAAGGUCUCAAUAAGAGCUUGGUUGACGAAAGAACAGAAAUUUAAACUCCUUCUGUACAAAUCACUGGACUCUACGUACAGCGACAUCGUUAAUCGUGGAACUGCAGCAUAUUGGAUAUAUUUCCCUGUGCAAUCUCCCCUCCCUCUGCUGGUAUCAAUAAAACUUAACGGAAACCAAAUAUGUUCCGGGCCUCCUGCGCAAAAAACAGUAACAACUUCAACGAUGACUAAUACUUUUACUAAUCCAAGGUCUGGUGCGUCGUAUAAUACUAAAUCUCAGACUACAAAGAAAAUUACCUUAGUUGAUACGGCGGCAGCAGUGAACUAUCCUACACGCAAGCUUUCUACUACCGUACAUACUACUUCAAGACCCGACAUUACAUUUUCACCACCACCGGUUUACUCUUUCGAGAGGCUUGCAGUAACCAAUCCUACAACCACAUUGUCGACUACUCUACAUACCACUGCAAAACCAGUCACUACAUCUUCACCGCCGACAAAGAAGCAAGACAUGUGUGGUACCAACAAUCUAGUGACAGACGUCUCCAUUAACGGCAAGCCCCAUCAUCAGGUGGGCCGAUUUCCAUGGGCUGUUCCACUUUUUCGACGCAAUUCGACAUCCGAUCCCGAAUACUUCUGUGCUGGGACAAUCAUUACGGAUCGACACAUCUUAACCGCGGCACACUGCGUCAAAAACAUGGACCCCGAAGAUGUCCUGGCCAUCCCCGGAAAACACAACAUCUCCGAUUUAUCCGCCAAAAAUGGCGCUGUCCAUGCAAAUGUAGAGCAGAUCGUGUAUCACGAAGACUACGAUGGUGACAGUGAACAUCUCGUUGAUCAAGAUGCGGAUAUUGCAAUCUUGCGAUUGGAGAGGCCUCUCCAUUUCACGAAUUGGAUUAAAAAAAAAAAAAAAAAUCACAAUCAGUAA